AUGGAAGAAAAGAGUUUGUAUAAUUUACUCAGCCAACUUUACGCUCAUCUCCAAAAGUGUGUUUUUGAUGGCUCGCCCUUGAACUAUGGACUCCUAGAGCAGCAUAGGGAAGAUCUUUGUGACGCAUUGUGGCUACUCGGGCUUGAGUGGGAAAACUUGAGCUCUGACCAACAUGCCAGCUAUUCCCGAAUUGUUGAAGCUGUUUUAGCCCGUUCUUUUCUUACUGGAGAAGACUGCUUGGCUUAUUUGGACGAACCAGUCCUCGAGCAAUGCGAACUGAUUUCGACCGCAAAAGUCUUCAGAGACCGCUUGAACAAAUUACGGACAACCAUGAUGUAAGAGCCAAUUAGCUACGUUCAGCAGAAAUACAACCUGAUGAGAGAAGAGCCAGAAGGAUACACCAGGCUGCUCUAUGCGCUCAACUCCCCUGGCAAGCUGGAAGCUGCACAAGAACUAAUUGGGGCGUAUAAUCUUGACCCGAACAGAGUAAUUGAUUUAGCAAUCGCAAUUUUCGAGAUACACCCAGAGGACCAGGAGCUUUUGCAGCUUUUGACGACGAUAAAUACCCAUGCGCUCUGCCAUAUCUUUGGGUUAUUUAAUGUAACUUAAAUUACUUAUAGAGAAAUACCCUGAAGGCCACUACUCGUCUCAGCAUAACGCUCCACCUAUUGCUUCCAGUCUUAAAACGACCUUCUACUGUGUUACUCAUCAUGGACAAGGGCAUACAAGAGUUCGAGAUGCGGCGAAUGCUAUCGGGGUUCGCCUUCCAGAAAAUUCGAAAAAUGAAUGUUCUGGUCAAACUCUUGACCAAAAUAGAUCCCAAGACGUAAUGCCUAGUAUUGCGCUGGGAAUUAGCUCGAUUGGCUAAAUAGCCACAUCUGACCUUGUUGGGCUUUCCCUUUCCAACUCCGCAAAACCAUCUCCCCGCGAGGUAAACCUUGACUGUAUGCAAGCAUGUUGUGGGCUAACCUGACAUCAACCCCACCAAGCCAAAUAAAACCUUAGCGGAUACACAUUCCCGAACGCUCUCUGCGCUAUCACAAGGUCCCCAGCUUUCAAGAAUGCAGGUUGGUUUGCCACACCGUUUUAGUGUGUAUAUAUCUUUGGGUUCAAGUUUCAGAAUUCGGCGACUGAUAUGCUACCAUUAGCCCAUAUUGCGGCUUUGUGCAUAAAAAGCCAGCUUAUGACUUUAGAGUCUUUGUGGGGGUAUUUGAAGCCAGAAAGUCUGGCGGCGUGCUUAUCAGAUUAUCAAGCCUUUGCACAGUCAAUUCGAAGGAACAUGGACAUUGUGGUGCUCAAUGGGGACUGCUCUCAGCAAGAACAAGAUUUAGAGGUUUUCAAUAGUCCAGACCCAAAUAACCAAAAAUUAGCAGUGCUUUCUGAGCUAAUCCGAGUGAAUGCUUGGCCAGUUGUAAAAGAAGUCUUCGAAAGGUUCCAAGGGAAAAUUCUAGUUGCCAAUUACCCACCUAUGGUUGAUGCUUUGUGUGACUUAAUUCAUUGGGUUGUUGACCCAAUCUACCAAACCCUGCCUAAGCCACUAUUUUCUUCAGCAAAGCCUCCUAAUUUCCCAACAGGACCAAUCUCCCAAGCUUCUUCAAUCAGCCAAGCCCUUGAGUGCCUUGAUACAAUUCUUCCAGUCUUAGGAGCAUCAAUAGGCGCUAACACUGAUGCCUUUGUAAAAGUCUGCAAGAUCCUCCAGCAUUGUGAAGACAAAGCAAAAAUAAUCCAACUCAUGAAAACAGCCAUUUUGCCUGGGCUUUCUCUAGCUUCUAACGAGGUGAUGCUAGGCUUAUGAAAAGCUCUACAAGUGCUGUCGUACCGAGAAAGAUAUGACUUGUACGAAGUCUGGAAAAACCAUCAAGAAGACGGCUUAGUCCUCGUUAAACAAGGAAUCACGGUAUAAUUUACAGAUAGAUAAAAGAAACACGUGCGUGGAUUAAAAGACUUUCAAGAGAAAACAACAAGCAAGACAGCAAGUCACUGCAGAAGUUCAUGAACAAAAGUAUGUGCCACGUCAUAAAAGAAAUGAUUUUCCAAGUCACAAGCUACAAUAACCUGACCACGAUCCUCAUCAACUGUUUUCCUCAUUCAAAUCUCUUAUUUCUUGACGUGAUCCCAUACUCGAUACUCCAAGCCCUUUCUAUACUUUUUAUAUUGAAUUUUCUUAAUAUUUUUUAUAUUUUUUUAUUAAUGAUAAUUAAUUAUAAAGAAAAUACCAUUACAAAGCCAAAAUUAGAAAGGGGUGGAAUUGCGCCUUGGCUGAAAAAUAUUGCAAAUUUUGUGGGGGAGUUUUAUAAGGUUAACUGUAAGACAGAGCUUGUAGGGAUUUUGACCUUUGUAAAAGAGUCACUAAAAAAUAGCCAGGUUGUAGAAGUAUGUAUUUUAAGAGAAAUUUUAACCAAAAUGUCAGGCUGGAACCCACCAGAUAAACUUACUGAAAGAAUGCUCAAAAGUUUAGCGGCAGGGCCAAAGCUAAAAGUGAUAGCACAUAAACUGGAUGAUGUAAGGACAAAAACCAAAAAAAGCUCAGAAGAGCUAUGCAAAGUGCUUCAGCAGCCUUUAGAAAUUGGUGGAUUGAGCUGUGCAAUUGAGCUUGCAAUUUUGGCUGGGCAGCAGGCACAAAAUGUAUUAUUUAAAACAAACACCCCACAUUUGAAAGUGCUGAGUUCUUUAUAUGAUAGUUUAAUUGGUUGCAUAGUCCAUCUAAUUGAUUUAUUAAGUUUAUCCUGCUUAAUAAGAAUUGCCUUUAUUAUUUCUAACAAAAACGGAUUUUAGCCUUAAAAAUAUUAAGCCUAUUUCAUUUUAAAACCAUACAAUUCACAGACCAUGAAAUCUUUUCAAGCAAAUUGCUCCCUCCACAGCCUAUAAUCAGCCUAAAGCGAGACUAUGGCCUUCCCAUCCACUUAAUUAUGUGUAUUGUCCGACCUGGCAUUGACAUUAUCCGAGGAUUCGACGACUUAAUUGUGCAAUUUAAAUCAAUUACAGAAGAAUGCGAAAUCCCUAUUGAAUUUUAUACAGUGUUUUGGGCACUUUCAUUAACUGACAUAAAAGCAUCAGAAGAGCAAUAUAUUGAAGAAAUAAAAGCACUGCAUGAAAUCAGCGAAAAGCAAAAUGGUGAUAAAAAACAGAAAAUCCAGAACCAAAUCAACGAGCUGGAGGUAGAAAAAAGCUUUUUGAGAGUGACCCAUACAUAUUUUUAUGACGAAAUCAAAAAGCGAGCAAAUUUAGCAGCCAACCCGAAUUUAGCAUCCCAGCUUGUCCAGAAAUGCAUUUACCCAAGACUAAUGUGCAGCCCUGUUGAUGCUAUGUACUGUGUAAGCUUCAUUGAAAUAAUGCAAAAACUGAAAAUUCCUGAAUUCCCGACCAUGCAGCUGAUUUCUGAAUGCAUUUCUCAGAUCAUCCCAUGCAUUUACUGUUGUAGCGAAGCUGAAUCUCAAAACAUGGGACUAUUCGCUUUUGAACUGUUUUCACUUCUAGGCCGCUGGACUCGGGUUUUUGAUAAAGAAUGCAAAGGCACUCCAGGAUUUUCUCAGAUCCCCACACAGGCGAUAUUUAUCAGUCAGACUCAGCAGCUCCAAGCCAAAAUCAGCAUCAACCUCUGCACAGCUCUCAAAGGAAACUCCCACAUAGUCCAGAAAAAUGCCUUAUACGUGCUAUGAAAAAUUUUAGCAGAAUUCCCAACUUCGAAGCAGCUGGCAAGUGAUAUUAUGGUAAGUGUUAGCCCUUUAAAGGAAUCUGAAUUAGAUGACCUUAAGCUUCUAGCUUUAAGUUACUAUGAGCAGCUUGAAAAAAAAUUCGUCGUCAAACCAUCCCCAUCCAAAGCGCUUCCUCCCAAAGACGAGUCAAGAAAACGAAGCGCUUCUCCUCAUGCAGAAAAACCUUCAUCACCUAGACCACAAAGACCGUCACCCAAAAAAGAUACACGAAGAGAUCGGCAAAUGUCUCCAGGCAAAAAACCGCCAAGGUCGCCUGGACAAAGGGUCGGGGAGUCCAAAAACUACUCAGGCAAGGAGUACCAUAAGUUUAAAGUUGUCGCUGAGAGCCGAGGGGACAAGAGGAGGGAAAACGACAGCAACGAGGAACUGCCGAAAAAGCGCUACCGUGACCGAGAAGAAAGCGAUCGGAACUCCAAAGGGCCAAGAAAAGAGCCAAGAAGAGACAGAAACCAUGAUCAUGACUAUGAUGACAGAAAGCAUGAUAGAGGGUCUGAUAGACAUGAAAGCUAUAAGCGGAAAUACCCCCGCGAUUCAAGAUAA